CCAACCGACGCUUUUUCCCCCUACCAAAAUUAGGACCACUUCUUCUUCCCCUUCGCCCCGAACCCGAAAACCCGACCCGAAACGUAUCACACAUGGCCGUGGCCACCGCGAGCCCGGAGAGGAUCGAAGCUCCUCCGCAGAAUCCGACAAAGGAUGCCUCGCCGUCGCCGUCCAGGCUCUCCACCGCCGACGCCCCCUCCGAGGCUGAACGCUCCUCCUCGCCUCUUCUUUCUUACUCCGCCGACACGCCCAAUCGCAGCGAGACUCGCAAUUCUUCUCCCACCGCCGAUGAGUCUGCAGCAUCAUUGAAGAGUGAAGAGUAUCGCCAGUUGUUUCGCCUUCCGCCCGAUGAAGUCCUCAUCGAAGAUUUCAACUGUGCAUUCCAAGAGAACAUACUUAUUCAGGGUCAUAUGUACCUGUUUGUUCAUUAUAUUUGCUUUUACUCAAAUAUAUUUGGAUUUGAGACAAAGAAAAUAAUUCCAUUCCCAGAAGUCACAAGUGUACGAAGAGCAAAGACAGCAGGGAUCUUCCCUAAUGCCAUAGAAAUUUUUGCUGGAAGCAAGAAGUACUUCUUUGCAUCCUUUCUGUCUCGCGACGAAGCACUUAAGAUAAUAAAUGAUGGAUGGUCGGGUGCCAAAGAGUUUAGAGAACAGGAUUUGUUAUCUGAGACUGGCAGCCAAGAGAAUGGAGUUGGAAUUGAAAAGGUGGAAAGUUCCCAAUUCUUAGUUAAUGAACUGGAUUCCACUGACAGGAAUGGGGAUAUUCAUGUUUCACAAGACUCUAAGCUUGCAUCCAGUGUUGUAGACGACUCUGCAUUGACAUCAAUUCCAGAGCAACACGAUAUUGUAAAAGAGGAUUUGGAACCAGCUCAGAAUAGUGACCCUUCAUGUUCGAAAGAUACUUUGAUCUGGAAAGAGGAAAACUCUGAUGCUCCAAAUGUUCCAGAGUGUUAUACAAAGGUUGCAGAGUCACAGUUUCCGAUAAAUGUUGAAGAUUUCUUUAGUUUAUUUUUCUCUGAUGAUGUGUUCACAGAAUCAUUUCAUACAAGUUGUGGAGAUAAAGAGUUGAAGUGUACCCCAUGGAAUCCUCAUGAUAAAUUUGGGUUUUCCCGUGAUGUUUCCUUUCAGCACCCAAUAAAAAUUUAUUUUGGUGCAAAAUUUGGCAGCUGCCAGGAGCUCCAGAAAUUUCGGGUUCACAGAAAUAGCCACUUAGUUAUUGAGACAUCACAAGAAAUCAACGAUGUGCCUUAUGGAGAUUAUUUCCGUGUUGAGGGAUUUUGGGACAUUGAGAGAGAUCCUGAUGGAUCAAAGGAUUGCUGCAAUUUGAAGAUUUAUGUAAAUGUGGCAUUUUCAAAGAGAACUGUGUGGAAAGGCAAAAUAGUGCAGUCUACCAUGGAAGAAUGUCGAGAAGUUUUUGAAACCUGGAUAAACAUGGCACAUGAAUUGUUGAAGAAGAAGAAUCUUGAAAAACAAGAAGAGAGGAUUCCUGCGGUUACCAUUGUUCAGAAAUUUGAAGGUCAUCCUCAAAUUGAAGCAGAGAUGGUUGUACCUGCAGAAAGGUUUUACGAGCCCAGUGAACUCAAUAGGGUACAACACUUGUCUAAAUCAUUGGAUGCAGCCCAGCAAGUUGGGAAGCGGUUGCUGGGAGGUACAAUUGAUGUUUCCCCUCUUACAUCAUGGUUAAGAGAAUCUAUGCUGAAAUUCCAGUCCUCAUUGAGAAGUCAAAGCCAGCUUCCCUUGAUCAUAGUCAUCGUUUUUGUUGUGAUUUUCAUCAUGCAGUUGAGCAUACUUGCACUAUUAGCCAGACCCCAACACAUCCAUGUGCAAUCGCCUGUGGACUAUGGGAGUGGCUUGGGAAGUCAAGUAGGUGAAAGAUCAUCUGAGGUGGUCGCUUGGCUGGAGAAGCGAAUCCACCACCUUAAAGACGAGAUGCGCUUGGUUGAGACUCGGCUUGAGAAUAUGCAGCAUGAACAUGCUCUGUUAAAAGCUCAACUCAAGGAUAUUAAUCAUCUAAGUAAGCGCAGGUAACGUCCAAUUGUAUAUCCUUCUCAUUCUUCAAGUGAUUACGAAAUGUAUGUUGUCCUUUUUAUUCCGGUUGCAAAAUAUAUGUUGUUCCAUUAUGAAGAAAAUCCGUAAACUUGUAGAGAACAUUGUUAAUUGAAAUUUAUAGUUCGUCAUUCCUGUUGGGAAUGGAGAAUCACGGCUUGUCAGAAUGCUCUCAUUUGAUUUCAAGUGAUAAAUUAAAUAUCCCGUAGCGUCGAUUAAUUGUAUAUAAUAAGAAACAGCACUAGUUUCUGUUUUCA